AUGUCGGUAUCCGCUAUUCCGGAUAUCAAGCCCAGAGUCGUCUACCCUGAUAGUCCACCAACCGAUGAGCCUGUCCUCAAACCCGACCUUGACAAGUACCCUUGGUUCAACUUCGUCCUUCACCGAUGGUCGAAACGAACAGACCGCACUGACGAGGAAGAGAAGGUGGUCGAGGACACCUUCAACGCAUUCAGCGAACUACCCGCAGAGUUCGAUGCGUGGUCGAAACCCUUGAAGUGUGCCCCGCCGGAGUUCUUCCUCGGCUGGCCCCUGGAUAUGGACCUCGUCCGUGCUUAUGCAUUCAAGAACAACAUAGCUUUUUUUCUGAACAGGAUGACGAACGAGGGCGUCAAAAUUCGGGGUGGUCUCAAGCAGGCGCACGAGGUUACUCCCGACGACGUCCUGCACAUCAAUAGGACCCUAAUAGAGAUGCAGGUUCUCCUUAGGCCAAGGGCUAAGAUUGAGGAGGCGUAUGGCGUUCCAGAUGUUGAGGGUCGAUUUGGCGCCGUGUGGACCCUUUGUUCAAACUGGACACCCCCUGAUCAGCGCCCCAAGGAGGAGGAUAUUGCUAAGCUGCAAGAAGAGCUAGGGUACAAGGAGAGGCCGAAGUGGUAUAUGACCACUUAUGCGUAA